AUGGAUAAUCUUAAGACGCUUCUUCGCAGGUUUAAUGAAUUUGCAAAGAUUACCGAGGGAAAGAUUCAGAUUUUUACACUUUCUGAUCCUGAAUCUAGUGAAGUGAUGGAUAAAUUCAGAAUAGAACUUCCUGAGUCAAUCAUAUCAGAAGGCAUAUUGAUAAAAGGCGAAGUUAAUGGAAGCCGUGGAUAUGGCAGUUUUGAUUAUGCAAUUUUACACGAUACAUUCUUGCCUUAG